UUGAAGUUACUCACGCAUGUCCUUCCGUCUUGUAAAAAAUCGUACCUUCAUCUAUGCCUCUUCCCGUUUCUAUGCUACCGAAAUUAGCAAUGCGUCACUCAAGCCCUCUCCGUACGGGCAACCGCUCUUUCAGUCACAUUCUCAUCUUAUCAAGCCUGAGGAGCUAACUCCGGGUAUACACGCGCAAGAAUAUGAGGAUAGACGAAGGAGCCUCAUGAAUCGCCUCCCCGAUAAUAGCCUUGUGGUCUCUCUAGCUGGCACCAUCAAAUACAUGAGCGGAAAAAUCUUCUACAAGUUCCGCCAAGCCUCUGACUUUUGGUAUCUCACCGGAUUUGAGGAACCUGAUUCUGCAGUGGUACUAGAAAAGAAUCAUUCAGCUCGGGGCUACCGGAUGACCUUAUUUUCUUCCGGUAGUGAUUCAAACAAAGAGCAGUGGGAUGGUGCCAACACUACAUUCGCUGAUGCUCGCAGAGUUUUUCAAGUCGAUGAUGCUCGACAUAUUGACGAUUUUCCAUCACAUCUUCGCUCUGUCGUUCACCAAUAUUCCAACGUUUAUGUCGACCUUCCCUCUUCUCGAACGCGACGUACAUCGAAAGCGACCACGAAGUCCCUUCUGAAGUACCUGAGCGGUCGUUCAGAAGCCGAUCUUGUUGUCGAGUCGCUAGGAAAAUCACGUCCGAAACCCUUAGCUCCUGAAGUUGGACGUCUUCGCGCAAUCAAAAGUGCUUCAGAGCAAAAGCUCAUGAGGAUGGCUGCGGAUAUCAGCGGGAGGGCGCACGCCAAGACGAUGCGCUUCACACGACCUGGAUUAUCGGAAGCUGCUCUUGCUGCACACUUUGAUUAUCUUUGCUCCCUUUCAGGAGCACAACGUCUUGCUUAUGUUCCUGUUGUGGCUUCUGGACCUAACGCUCUUAUAAUACACUACACACACAAUAAUCAACUCAUAUCUCAGGAAGAAUUAAUUCUUGUUGACGCUGGUUGUGAAUACAAUGGUUACGCAUCAGAUAUUACUCGGACCUACCCGGCGAAUGGAACUUUCACCCCACCCCAACGUGACUUAUACUCCGCAGUUCUCUCCGCCCAGAAGGCACUGGUAGCUCUUUGUCAUGAAGGCUCAAACCUGACUUUGCACGAACUCCAUCGAAAGUCUUGCGAGUUACUCCGCCAAGAAUUACUUCAACUAGGAUUUCAUUUGCAUCCGGGAGACCUCGAACGCCUGUACCCUCAUUUUAUCAGUCAUCCUAUUGGGAUAGACCUGCAUGAGUCCGAUAACUUUUCGCGGAGCGGAAGUCUGAAGGCUGGUAUGGUGGUCACAGUUGAACCAGGAAUCUAUGUCCCUCCUUCCCCUGCUUUUCCGAAGCAUUACCAUAAUCUCGGCAUACGUAUUGAAGUACGAUUCACAGCUCAUUUUAGCGUGAGUCCUGCUGAUGCCAAUUUUGCAGGAUGAGGUUCUGGUUGGAAAAGAACAUCCUGUGGUACUAUCAGCAAGCGCUCCUAAGGAGAUUGUGGACGUGGAGGGUGCU